GCAGGCUGAAGGCUCUCCCUGGCGCUGGCCCCUCGCCGUGGCCUUGAGCCUCCCUGCAGGGAAGGAGUCCCGCUUCGGGUCUCGGCGGUCAGUUCAGUUCUCAUGGUUUCCGACCAAGCAGCGGCCUCUGGCACACAAUGAACCGGAACCUGUUCCUGCUCUGUCACUGUUUCUCCAGGGUUCAACGUGUCCCAGUGUAGCAGGAACAGGUUGGAGAGCAGCAGAGUGUUGAGUACAUCUGUCCCCCAGUGUAGCCUGGCAGGGUAUGUCGAAUCAGAGGGGCAGAGAUCUCGCUGGGCUUUAUGAGGAGUGAAGAAAUCAGAUGAUGGAAAGAUAUUCCUGGAGAUGUCUCUGGGUCAGCUCCUGCGACGGGCAUCCUCCAAAGCCUCUGAUCUCCUGACCUUUAAUCAAUCAAGUGGAUCUUCCAGAAUUCUAGAUGGCGAAAUUAUUUACUCCAAGAACAAUGUCUGUGUCCAUCCUUCAGAUGUGCUGCGAGUUCUUGGAGAACAUCACCCAGGAUACUUAUGCAUACAUUUGGAAAAAGAUGAAUUACUGGGAACUACUCUUAUUAUCACCUGGAUCCCAAAUACCCGUAUCCAACGACAAGAUGAAGAGGCUUUAAGGUACAUCACCCCUGAAAGUUCUCCAGUACGAAAAAUACACCGUAGGAGAUGUCGACAUGCACGUGCAAGUGUUGUGCACCAACCUCCGAACAAUAUAGCACAAAAACAAGUUUUGACUUCACCAGAGGAUGAUGAGUUAAUAACCAUAUCACAGAGCGUGACUAAUUCCAUGUAUGUCGGUUCACCAGAGGCGCAGCAGAAUGAAUCCCAGCAUUCCCUCAGUUUGCAUAUCACUCAUGGAGCAUUGCUGAAAGCUCACAAUGAUUCGGAAAAUACUUCAGAAAUUGCUUCAUCAUUAAUCUGCUCCAAUGACCAAAAAGAUCUUGACGUUCCAACAGAGUAUCAUGAUGAGGCUAAUAAUAAAAUGGAACAAGAACAACAUGAGGCAACAUAUGAUUUAACUACCGAUGAUGUCAGCAGAGAUAGUAUGGUUGGGUCGGAUUCUGAUUCUUUCUCCUCUCCAUUAUGUCUCUCUCCAAUUGGUGACCCAAUGGCAGAAAGUAGCAGAUCUGUGUUUCUUGAUGCUGAAAGCAGAGAGAUGUGCGAAGAACAUAUGGCUCAUUUGGCGAGCUCCAUCUCAGACCACUCCUCUGAUGCAGAGUACACUUUGCAGUUUUCUGAGAAUUGCACACAACCGCAUAGCACAAAAUGGGAAGAGCAGCAGAAGGUGUUGGCACUUGAGCAACUCUAUGGUGUUUUUAGAGUUGAUUUGAGCCAAAUGCGAUCACUGCGCCUUUUUUUCAGUGAUGAAGCAUGCACAUGUGGACAACUUGUCAUAGCGAGCCGGGAAAGUCAGUACAAGAUUUUCCACUUCCAUCAUGGUGGACUUGAUAAACUCAGUGAAGUUUUUCAACAGUGGAAAUACUGCACUGAGACUCAUCAAAAGGACCAGGUGUCUGAUGUAAAGGCUUGUAUGCAAUUUUCAAUAAAGCGCCCGAACCUUCCAUCAACUGAGACUCAUCCUGAGGAGAACAUGUACAAACGGUUGGAUGUCACUAUUUGGCUGAAUCAUCUGAAUGAAAUUGGCCAGAUGGAAGAGGAAUACAAACUCCGCAAGGCAAUAUUUUUUGGUGGUAUUGAUCCUACAAUCCGUGGAGAGGUCUGGCCAUUUCUGUUGCAGUUUUACAGCUGUGAAUCAACAUCAGAAGAACGAGAAGCUCUCCGUAUUCAGAAGCGUAUGGAAUAUGAGGAACUUGAGCAAAAGAGAUUGUCAAUGACUCCUGAAGAGCAGGAAGAAUUUUGGCGAAAAGUUCAGUUCACUGUUGAUAAAGAUGUGGUUCGAACUGAUCGAUCUAAGCAGUUCUUCAAAGGGGAAAACAACCCCAAUGUGGAAUUAAUGAGGAGAAUUUUGCUGAACUAUGCAGUUUACAGCCCUGAGGUAGGCUACUCUCAGGGAAUGUCAGAUCUGGUGGCUCCAAUCUUGUCAGAAGUCAGGGAUGAAUCCGACACAUUUUGGUGUUUUGUUGGACUCAUGCAGAAUACAAUUUUCAUCAGCUCGCCGCGGGAUGAUGAUAUGGAGAAACAGUUGCUGUACCUAAGAGAGUUGCUGAGAUUGAUGCACCCCCGUUUUUACCACCACUUGGUGUCGUUGGGUGAGGAUGGGCUCCAGAUGCUAUUCUGCCAUCGGUGGAUUCUUCUCUGCUUUAAACGCGAGUUUCCAGAAGCAGAGGCACUUCGUAUUUGGGAGGCCUGCUGGGCUCAUUAUCAGACUGACUACUUCCACCUGUUUGUUUGUGUGGCCAUUGUUGUGAUUUAUGGGGAUGAAGUGAUUGAACAACAGUUAGCGACAGACCAGAUGCUACUCCAUUUUAGCAACCUGGCCAUGCAUAUGAGUGGGGAGAUUGUCCUAAGGAAGGCAAGGAGCCUUUUGUACCAAUUUCGCCUCUUGCCCAGAAUCCCCUGCAGCCUGCAUGAUCUUUGUAAGCUGUGUGGCACAGGAAUGUGGGACAGUGGAUACAUCCCAGCUGUGGAGUGCACAUUGAAUCACCUAGAUUUUGAUAGUUGUCCAUAUGGAGGGACAUCUGCUACUCCAUCUCCAAGAUCAGCACAUGAAGGCAAAAGAGGAGCUAAAGAUGUUUUCACAUUCCUGAGAUAACCGGCUCAUCAUAUUUUGUGCUGAAAACUCCAGUCAGUUAUUAAGUAUUGGUUAGGAAGUGGUUUACUUGAGAGAGGCUGAAUCUGAGGUCUUGGUAACUUUCAUUUUUUGGUUGCUGUGAGCUAAUGUUGGUAUGCACCCUGAUUGAAGGUCACUUUUGGACAUGUCUAGAAUUGAUACUGUUGAAAGGAAAGAGAGGCCUGCAUUUAUACAACACCUUUCCGGAAGCCCCAAAGUGCUUUAAAGCCAAUGAAGUACUUCUGAAUUGUAACCACUGCUGUAAUAUAGAAAAUAUAACAGGCAAUUUGGGCAUUUGAUAAAGAUAGAUGAUCUAGUUCAGUAAUGUUGGUUGAAGGACAAAAAUUGGCCAAGAAAGAGCAGAUACCCACUGGAAAUUGUGGCACAGGAUCUUCUGUGUCCACCUGAGAGUGUAGGUGAGGCUUUGGUUUUAAGAUUUCCUCUGAAAUGUGAAACCUCCAACAGUACAGUAUCUCCCAUGUACUGUUAUAUUGCCCUAGAUUUUAAAGUUAAAGUCACUGAAGUGGGACUUAAACCCACAAAUGUUCCAGAACACAGAAUACUUAAGACUGUUUUACUGAAUCAGGCUGCCUUGAAGUAGAAAAGCUAUAUAGGGAAAGGGAACUUGUUAUAGCCCAACCAUUUAAACCUGCAAAGAUACAGGUGUCUUUAUAGGGGAUUCUUUCAUAGCCCCAAAUAUACUGUCCAAGUUGAAUGAUUGGGAAAGACAUAUUCUGGAACAUUUAUAUGUAAUGCAAAAAAUGCAUCUGAAUUUUUGGAAAAUGUUAUGAAGGUAAAAAAAUUAUGAAGUAUAAUGGACAAUUUGGAUUGAGUGUAACAAUUGCGUGCUGAUUUUAAAUGUAUUUUUAAAAUUGCUGGCACCCAAUUAUCUACAGUAUUGAAGAUAAAUCUUGGUUAAUCACACCCCCAUCAACAAACUGUUCUAUCUUAAAAUAUAUUCCCGAUUUCAGAUAUAUAGCUAAAUGCAUUGCAUUUUCACAUAUGGUUUUAAGCACAUGUAUAGUACUUUUGUUAAACUGUGGAUUUGUGAGAGUGUGGGAAUUGCAAAGAUAAAGUUUCAAUUAAGUUACUUUUGGGGGAAAAGCAGCCCAUUUAUCAGAUUCUUCCUACUAUACAAAAACUAAGUUCAUGUAUCCAAGAACAUUUCCUGUACAAAUUGAUGUUAAAUUGCUGCACUUUGAUUUAACUAUAAUUAAUUUUUUAAAAAAAGGUGAGAUCUGUUCCGGGCAGUAUUUUUCAUCUUCUGAAAUAUUCUUAAUGUGUUGGGCUUCUCUUGAAAAUUGUAGUUCCUACACUUAAAUGUCAUAUACUUUGAUACACAUGCAAUUCAAACAAGUUGUCAGUGAAAGGAUAAACAUAACUUGACAACCAUGCUCAUAUAACCUUCAGGUAUCAUUUUAAGGGUUUUCAUAUUAUCCUUUAAUUUGUUUAAUCAUUCACUUUGAUCUUUAAGCAGCAUCACCAAUGUAUAUGCUUAAUCAGAUAUGAAAUAUUGGCACCAAUGACACUGUAGUAACUUCAGUCAAACUCAAUCCCCUCACAGUAAAUAAUGGGGGAACACCAAGCACCAGAUCAGAUUUCAGCAUAGCAUAAGUUUUGGCUGAGUGCUUUUUUUUUUGUCACUAAUGAAAACCAUUUGAGGCAGCUGUCUUAUAGCCAGUUUAUAUAACUAAACAAUGAUAGAAUGACAGGCAUUUCCAAAAGUAAUAUCUGUAGGUGAAAGUUGUAGAUUACUUGUCUUUGAAAGCACAGUUUCUUCAAUUUACUCUAUACUUUCUGUCACAUAAACCUGUGAAAUCUUCCUCAGCCACUAUUCUGUAUAUCUCUGUUAUCUUGCCCAAUGUACAAAAGAAAGACCAUAUAAUUUAAGUUCAGUUACCUAUAAAUCAUAGUUGGAUUAAUUUCUCUUAAAAAAAAAUUGGAGUGCAUGAAAAUCGGAAGGAAUACGUAAAACGUCACCAAGUAACCUUCAGAGUUGUUUGUAUAUUCUUUAAAGCUUUGGAAAUUUCCUGGAGAUUUUUGGGCAAAAUAUUCAAUUGACUAUUUUCAAGUUAACAUUCAGAGGACAGAAGAGAUGGGUUAUGGUACAGUUUAGAAGUCGGGUGGCAGAUAAUUGGAUGUGGUGGAAAUCUCAGAGUUUAAAUAUAUUUGUGCUCACAAAACAAACAUGGGUAAAGUUAAUGUUUUAACCUUCUGGCUACAUCCUAGAUGUCAGAAACCAUUUCUGAAGCACAAUCUAUUCCCUUGUUCUCAGUGGGCUGAUUGAAAAAUUUAAGGGUUUCAUGUAUUAAGUUCAAGAAGUUCACAUAUACCAAGUAACAUAUAUCUCAAAAAUAUAACAUCUUACAAAUUCUCCAGGUUUAAUAUUUCUGGUGUUUCAGAGGUACUUAAGUUCUUCAGUUUUAAAGUGUGUUUGUGGUUGCAGGUCAUAUAGGUGUGGUUCACAAAAAAUAAUAAGUAGUAAUGGAAAAUUGGUCAUAAUAAAUACCCUGAAGUGAACAAUUUGGUGACUUUCCACCAACUAUUUCAGUUUGGAUAUAACAGUCACAUGAUGUGUUGCAAAUCAGAUGUUGCUCCUAAUUUCUGAACUGGCUUCUAAAAUUGAAGGUACAGUCCAGUUUCUUUUCAUAAACUGUGACAAUAUUGCACUAUUGAUAUGUUUUAUUUUCAAAAAUAAGCACACACUUCUCUCUUGUGCUCAUUUGUCAUUGCCAAAGUCUGAUUUCCUCACCAUCUGCGCUUUGAAAUUCAUUUUUCUUCAUUUUUGAUCUUAUUUGAUUAGGUUAAUAGCCUUAUGCACUUCUAUUGUAUUUUAAUCAUUGACCACAGAACUGUAAAACUGGUAUUAAUUUCUCAAAAUAUACAAUUGAGUCAUAGUGUUGUAUAGCAUAAAAACAGGCCUUCAGCCCAUCAUUUCUAUGUCAGCCAUCAUACCUAUCUGUACUAAUGCCUGCAUUAAUUCCAUAUCCAUGCCUUGCUCAUUCAAAUACCUUUUUAAGAUGCCUCUUACUGUUCUUGCUUGCACCACCUCCUCUGGCAGCUUAUUCCAGAUACCAAAUUCUUUCUGUGAAAAAUUUACCCCCCAGAGCCCCUUUAAACCUCCUCUCUCUCACCUUAAACCUAUGCCCUCUAGUUUUAGACACCAUAUGGGAAACAGACGCUGGCUAUCCAUGCCUCUCAUAAUUUUAUAUACCUCUAUCAUAUUGCCUCUUGACCUCCUUCGCUCCAGGGAAAUCAUACUUAGCCUAUCCAGUCUCUCUUGAUAACCCAAGCCCUCCAAAUCCAGGCAACAUCCUUGUGAAUCUUCUUGCAUCCUCUUUAGCUUAAUCACGUAUGUCCUAUACUGUGGCACUUUCCCAGUUGACCUUUAUCCUGUUGAAACCUUAGACAAUCCUCUUCACGGUCCACCACGCCACCAAUUUUGGUGUCAUUUGCAAACGUACUAAUCAUUUCACCCACAUUCUUGUCCAAAUCAUUAAUACCUAUGACAAACAACAGAGGAUCCAGCACCAAUCCCAGUGGCACACUACUGGUCACAGGUCUCCAAUCUGAAAAACAACCCUCCACUACCACCGUCUGCCUCCUACCAUCAGGCCAAUUUUGUUUCUAGUUUGCUAACUCACACUGGAUCCCAUGGGUUCUAACCUUCCAAACCAGCCUACCAUGCAGAACCUUGUCUUUGCCUUGCUAAAAUCCAUGUAGAUACCAUCUAUCACCCUUGCCCUUGUCAAUCCUCUUGUCACCUCUUCAAAAUUGUGAGACGUGAUUUCCCUCACACAAAGCCAUGCUGGCCAUCCCUAAUCAGUCCUUGCCUUUCCAAAUGCAAAUACAUCCUGUCCCUCUGAAUCCCUUCCAAUAACUUUCCCACUACUGAUGUAAGGCUUAUCAACCCAUAGACUUCAUGGGGUUGGGCAUAAUGUAGACAAUAAGGGAUUGGCUUUAGGCCAGUAAAUGGAGAACAAGGAUAAAUGGGUUAUUUUCAAGUUAACAGGCUUUUAUGAAUGGAAUGCAACAAGAAUCAGUACUGGGGUUUCUAUUGUUCAUGAUCUAUUUUAAUGGCUUUAGCAAAGGGAUAGAAUAUCAUGUACCUAAGUGUGCUUACAAUAAAAGUUAUGUAAAAAAAUGAGUUGUGAGAGGAUGCAAAGAGUUUGCAAUGGAUAAAGGUUAAGUGAAUGUACAAGAAGGAAGCUGAUUAAAUAAAUAUGGGCGUACAGAGGGUUCUACAUGUGUUUAUACACAAAAUACACAAGGUGCAGGUGACACUAACAAUUGGUACAUUGGGGCUUUACCACAGAGGGGUUGCACACCACAAGUUAGGAAACCUUAAGGCAGUUGUACAGCAUUUUGAUGAAACCAUAUCUGGAAUACUGUGUGCAGUUUUUGUCUCUAUACCCAAAGGUAGAUGUAUUUGUCUCGAGGCAACACAGCAUAGAUUCACGAGAUUAAUUCCUGGGAAGCAGGAAAUGUCCUAUUUUGAGAACUUUGUGUGGGAUAGGUUGAUACUCACCGGAGGUAAAGAUAAGAGAUGAUUUCAGUGAGGUAGAUUGACAGGAUUGAUGGUGAGAAGCUGUUUCUUGUGGUUGGAAAGUUCAGCAUGAGCGAUCAGGGAUUUAGGAAUGAGAAGUUUUUCCUUAUAAUAUUCAAAUUCUGUAUUCCAAGGAGCUAUGGAUGCUCAGUCACUGAUUAUAUUGAGUGCUCAGAUUAAAAUAUUUUUUGGACAGUAGGGUAAUCAAGGAAUAUGAGAAUAAGAUGGGGCAGUGAACUUGAGGCAGAUAAUCAGCAAUGACUUUAUUAAAUGGCAGAACAGGCUCAAGGAAUUAUAUGGCCUCUGCUAUUUCUUACAGUAUAUUCUUUGCACAAAGAUGGAAUCCAGUUUGAAUUUGGACCAAGGUCAGUAAAAUAGUUUAACAUUAAUAUUUAAUUUCAAAAGUUGAAUUAUGCUCCUUUAUAUGUGGAACCAGUGUCAGUGUUGCCUGAUAGAGAAUAAAGGAACAUUUUCAAACUGUGUUCUUACUUUGUACAUUGAAGUUUUUAACUGUAACAUUAAAACUUUGACUGUUUCUAACCAGUAUGGGUAACAAUGACUAACAGAAAUAUCAGAUUGAUUGCAUAACCAAAAGAUAAAAUGCUAGGACAUUAAUCAUUCAUUUUUGAAAUCCAGUUUCAUAGAUAAUAUGGUGUUCUGUAAUGGAGGACUGACUGAUAAUCACUUCAGAGAAUGUAAAACAGAAACUGUACAGCACAACAACAGGCCCUUCAGCCCACAAUGUCUGUGCUGAACAUGAUGCCAAAUUAAACUAAUCCCUUCCACCUGCACAUGAUCCAUAUCCACCUGUUCACGUGUCUGUCUAAAUACCUCUUGAACAUUGCUUUUGUAUCUGUUUCUACCUUCUCCGUUGGCAGCACAUUCCAGACACCUACCACACUUUGUGUAAAAAAAAACUUGUGUCGCACAUCUCCUUUAAAGCCCACCGCCCCCCCCCCCCCCCCACCUGCCCAUCAUAAACCUUUGGCCUCCAGUAUUUGACCUUUCCACCCUGGCUUGAGAUUAGGGAGGGUGGUGGGGCACAGAGUAAAUAGGCAAUGCCUCUCCUAAGUUUAUAUACUUCUUUCAGGUUGCCUCUCAGCCUCUGAUGCUCCAGGGAAAAAAAAAAUCCAAGUUUAUCCAACCUGUCCUUUAUAACUAAUAUGCUCCAAUCCCAGGCAACAUUGUGGUGAGCCUCUUCUGCACCCUCCACAAAGUGUCCACAUCCUUCCUAUAGUGUGGUGACCAGAACUGCACACAAUACUCCACAUGUGGCCUAACCAAAGUUUUAUACAGCUACAGCAUAUCUUCCCAACAUUUAUACUCAAUGCCCUGAUUAAUGAAGGUAAGUAUGCCAUAUGCCUUGUUUACCACCCUGUCCAUUUGUGUUGCCUUUUUCAAGGAACAAUGGACUUGCACACAUUGACAUAUAUUGAGCUAUGGACAUACUGAUUCAUUAUGUCCUGCUUUGAAAUGAGGGAGCUUUAAGUAAAUGUUCUCUGUUACUGAUUUUUGAGGCCUCCAAUUGAAUCUUAUGAUCAGUUUCUUUUUAAAGAAAAAUGAGUGUCAUGUAGAAACAGAAAUAAAGACAAUGAUUGGUAAUGGAAAGUAAAAGGGGAAUAAAAGCCUUAAAUGCCUAUACAUUAUAUAAAAUUAUUCUGACUUCAAAAGAUCUAAGGUACAGCUUUUAAAGUGAUACAUUGAAGAAUCUUAAUACCAUUAUUUAUGGUACUGUUUAAGAGCUUUUUUUUGAUCUUCAAAUUGUAGUCAUUUUGUGGUGCCUUACAUUUGUUUUAAUCACCAAGAACCUGCCUGGCAAUUUAAACAUUCUGAAAUAAAAAUGACACUACAAACUUCAUACAUUUUGGCAAGAAGCUAAUAUUAAAUUAUGUACAGAAUUACCACUUUACAUCCUGUGGUUAUUGUUUAUGUCGAUAUUCUAUCCCCAUUAAAAUGAUGAAUUAAGUAUCAUGUUAUAUUCCAUUCUUUAAUUAUUUUUGUUAACCUGGUUUCAAAAUGAAACUAAUACAAUUCCAAUCCUGUACAAAAAAUCCUCUAGCAUAUGUAUUUUGAAGUCAGAUAAAAUGCAUUUGUAAGAAGGAAUGUGUUUGUAAAGGAAGUAUUUUAUGGGACAUUAAUUAGGGAACUAAAAAUAAUUGUUCCUAUUAACAAUCAUUGUGGUUUUCUAGAAAAGAAAGUGUUAUGAACCCCACCCAGUGAUAACUUUGUACUAAGAACUGGUCUCUUGCAUUCUAACAGUUGUCAUCCUUCUAUCCAUAUUGCCAUUCGCACCCACUAAUCUAAGUAUGAUUCUCAUUGAUUUUAGGAGGAAGGUGAUGCUACAGAGCUGAUGUUUAAUUCACCCAAGUCUCGUGUCAACGUGGUUUUUCUUUUCUCCAAUUUGCAUGAACAUAACUCUGAGUUAAAGUCAGCUAUUAAUAUCUAUCUGUAAAAUCCCUUAGCAUUGUGAUUUGAAAUAUGGAUUUCUAAGACACUGUGAACAUCUGCAUCUUGUCAAUUUGAGUAUGGUAUUUGCUGAACACUUAAAAAAAUUGUAAUACAUUAUUCAUCUUGCUCUUAAAUAGACUUAUUUAAUGUAAUAUACAUGUUUUGAAGCCUAAGGAUCCAUUCCACUCAGGAAUUCUUACUUCAGGAUUUAAUUCUGUUUGUAGAAAAUCAUAAUGGGCUGUUUUUUGGUAGUUGAUGGAGUUUAUUCUUUAGACUACUGUACAUUUUGGUUGCAAUUAUCUUCACGUGGAUUAUGUAGUGAGCUAAAGCUAAAACACACCAUGCUGGUUGUAUUCUGGCAAUGGAAAUACUGUUUGUACUUUCUACCUUAUUUGUUUUUGCCUUGGCAAUGGCACUUAGAUCAUUGUGUAAAAACUAGUGUCUAUACUGUAUUGGCAAUAAAUGAGAAAUAUCUAAAUAUUUUUGUAAACAGUUUUCAAUUAAAAUUUGUUGAUAGGCUGCAUGUUGUAUUAAAUUAUUGGUAAAAUUUGGGAUUAAAUUUGAUUUGCAUAGACAGGAAAGCAUUCUUUGUUGAGUGGAUAUUCAGGUUGUUGAUUGAAAGGUGUAGUCUCAAUUCGUUUUUUGUUAAGCAAGGAUCCCCCAUACACUAUUGGAUUAUAAUGGGCCACUUGGAGAGGCUAUUGAAGUGUAUGACGUUACUGGAUUUAAAGAGACUACCAUGUCUCCAUUUUCAAAUAUGGAUUUAAAGCGAUGCUGUAAAACUAAAUGUUCCUAGAAAUUAUUGUUCCUGAGAGAGAAAGCAGCAUUUGAAUUUGUUGAAUAUGUUCAACUCAUCCUUUGCCCCCAUCCAUAAUAUAUGCUUUUACUCUUACUUUAUCACGUUCAAAUGGCAGCCCCAGAUUUAUUUCUGUAGGAUGUUAUUGGGGUGCCACAUUACAUCAAUACAAACACUGUCAGGGGCAGGAACCUUGGUUAUACACAGAGGCUGGCGAGGUAUGAAGAAAGGGGAGGGGUGGAGUUAUCUGGUGCUACAUUGAAGUCCAUGGAUUUUGCAAGAGUGUUCUUGAAACACUAAUAUACAUUUUCAAUUGCUUUCCAGCAAUGCUUGAACACACAAAAGAUUUGUAUUGCAAAAAUGUAUUUUAGAUCAAAUCAAGUUAAUUUGAUUGCUUUGAAAACUUAAUUGAUCCCUGAGCAUGUUUAAGUAGUAGCUAAUCAUUUUGAAAAGUCACUGUUGGAAUUUGCAAUUUGUAUAGGUAUAGAAAAUGAUUUAUUUUUACUGAAGGCAAGUGUUGUUCACCUAAACCUGUACCUGAAAUCCUGCUCACCGGCUUGAAAUGUUUCACUUUGCUGCCUUUAUUUAUUUGCUUGAUAGAAAAGUGUGGUCAACAUGCUAUUUGUUCGCCAAAUGCAGUAGAGGUAGACUGAAAGGAAGCUCGUGGUUUCACAAGUGGAUACUGAAGCUUCAAGGAAAUGUGGCUGUUGACUUGCAACAACAUGUACUGAGCUCUAACUAAACAAAAGCCAUUUCUUUUCGUGUUCUAGUGUCUGUUUCUCAAACUACUUUUUAAUUACAGUAAGACACAAGUUUCAUUUCUCUAAACUUAUGAUAUACUUGUAGGGCAAAGAGUAAUGUUUUUGAAGUGAUUGCCAUUCUGACCACAGCAUCUGGCCUUGUGUUAAAAUCCAAAUAAUGAACAUUG